AUGGCUAUGGAGGGUCCAACUCCUGUUUCUUCUUUAUUACAUGCAGCUACAAUGGUAACAGCUGGAGUUUAUUUAUUAAUGAGAUCUUCUCCAAUAUUAGAAUUUAGUCCUAUGAUGUUAGGUGCUUGUCUUGCAUUAGGAGGUAUUACUACAGGUGUAGCAGGAUUAAUAGCUAUUGUAUCUAAUGAUAUUAAAAGAGUUAUUGCUUUAUCUACUAUGAGUCAAAUUGGUAUGAUGGUUAUUGCUGUAGGUGUUUCUGCAUAUAAUUUAGCAUUAUUCCAUUUAGUAUGUCAUAGUGUAUUUAAAGCUUUAUUAUUCAUGUCAGCAGGAGCUAUUAUUCAUUCAGUUAUUAACGAAUCACAAGAUUUAAGAACUUAUGGAGGAUUCUUACCUUUCUUACCUUUAACAUAUACAUGUAUUUUAAUUGCAUCAUUAUCAUUAAUGGCUAUUCCUAGUUUAACUGGAUUCUAUUCUAAAGAUAUUAUCUUAGAAACAUUAAUAGGAUCAUUUGGUUUCUCUGGAUUUGCUAUUUAUUGA